UCUUCUCUGAUCACAUUCACACCCCAGACAGUGUAACCCAGAAAUUCACAACACCUCCAAAACCAAACCAAAACAAACCCACUACACAUUUUUUUGUUUCUUCUUCUCUUCAGUUGUUGUUGUUGUUGUUGCCAUGACAACAAUCACAAAGCACAGUUACAAACUCUCCCUCAAGAGAGCCACAAAGAGAAUAACAAGAAGGAGAAGAAGACACCCACAGCACAACCACCCAAAAAGCACCACCACAAUUGUGCACAGAAAGUGCAGCAACAACAACAAUAAUAAUAAGCUUUGUGAAAAGCUUGAGGCUUUGAAGAACUUAAUCCCCACAACAACAACAACAACAACAACCCACGAUGGAGAAGAAGAAGCGGUGAAACCCGACCAGCUGUUCAAGGAAACCGCAGAGUACAUCGUGUUGCUGCGGACGCGCGUCGUGGUUCUCCAGAAACUCAUUGAGUAUUAUGGAAACAACAACGACACCACCCAAGAUGAGAAUGAACAUGAAGAUGGUGUCUUGUUUACAUAGCUUUUUCACUCUCUUCUUCUUCUUCUUCAUCUUAUUAUUAUUAUUAUUAUUAUUCUUUUUGUGUUUCUUCUUAAAUGUUUUGUUUUGUGACUUUUGUCCUUUCAUUAAUGAAGAAAAAAAAAGAAAAGAUCUUUGGUCUAGUGUUUUUUUUUGGGGGGGAGGAGUUAUGACUUUUAUUUUGUUAGAUUUGGGUAGGGAGGGACUUUUGUAGAAGAGAAAUUUGAAUGGGGGAAAUGAAGAAGGGAAAAAAGGUCUGGUGGGGAUUUCAGAAUUUGUAGAGAAAAUCCAAUGCAUGUAAUGUAACCAUUUUUUUUUCAAUUUUCUAUUUUUUGGUGUCUUUAGCAUUAUCA